AUGUGGCAUUGUGAAGGUGUCGGGAAAGAGAAGAAAUGGCAGGUCCUAAAUGGAAAUGGCUUAUGUGAGUUUUCCUACCAACAGGUAUACAGUGAAUAUAAAAGUAUGCUGGUUGAUGAGAGCUCUUGGCCAGAGGCCAAGGCACCAAGAUCAACAAAUCUGCAAGGUGGCAUUGAUCAUCUAGAGCAACUCCCACAUGAUGAACUACAGGAUUACCUUCCACAGCUGGUUCAGGCUGUGAAGUUUGAAUGGAACCUGGAAAGCCCUCUGGUGGACCUCCUGCUGCAUUGUUCUUUGCAAAGCAUUUGGCUGGCUCAUCGGCUAUACUGGCUACUGAAGGAUGCCCUGAAUGAACCUUAUUUUCAAAGCUGGUACCAGAAGCUGUUGGCUGCUUUUCAAUUCUGUCAGAAAAGCCUGAAUGAGGAGUUUUCCAAGGAGAGGAAACUUAUCCACCUUCUGGGAGACAUUGCGGAACAAGUCAAGACUGUCAGCGACUCUCAAAGACAGGAAGUCCUGGGGAAGGAGAUAGGCAGAUUAGAAGAAUUCUUUCAAGAUGUAAAGACUUGCCAUCUUCCUCUAAAUCCUGCCUGGUGUGUCAAAGGAACUGAUCGCAAUGUAACCCCUGUAUGCAUGCUUGAUGCAUGCUUGUAUUUCAUGUCCCACGCUUUGCCACUGAAGAUCUCUCUCAUCAACGCAAACCAAACUGGUAGAAGCAUCAGCAUUAUUUCAAGAUACAGAGAUGACUUGGGUCAGGACAUGCUGGUCCUGCAGCUGACGGAAGCCAUGGACUGGAUGUGGCUGCAGGAAGGCCUGGACCUGCGGAUGAUCACCUACCACUGCCUUUCCACAAGCAAGGACCAAGGGCUGGUGCACAUGGUCCCAGAGGCCUUGACUUUUGCCAGCACCCACCGCCAGGUGGGGCUUAUGGGGUCGCUGAAAGAAAGCUCCCUCCAGCAAUGGUUGGCGCAGCACCAUGGCGCCAGGGCGGAUUACCAGAAGGUUAUUGCGGGGGAACUGAGUUUCAGCACCCGGACUCCGUCAGUCGCUGACAGUCUUGACUUGUUCCGCAAUGUCUCCCAGAAGGUGGAUAAGUUUCCUCUCCUUGGAAAACUCCUCAUUCAGGCUUUUCUGACAGAAUUGAAAAGCAGCCAACAGCUUCUGUGUCCUGAUUCCAGGGACGGGGUCCCUUUCAUCUUUACUUCGGAAAUGGAGUACUUCAUCACAGACUGUAGUUAAAACCCACAGCAGAUCCAAGAGUUUGUGGAGCUCUGUUGCAGGGCAUACGAUAUUGUCUGAAGGCACAGCUGGCUGCUCCUGAACCUUCUAGAAAUUAUGUUAUAUGCAAGAUUACCUGAGCUCAGAGGACCAGAAGACUUGAAAUACAUCUAUGAUAAUCUCCGCGCUCAAGACUCUGACCUGGAAGCCACCAAUUACUUUACCAGGAUGAUAAAGGAGAGCCUGGACUGCUUCCCGGUGAAGCCAAACAACUUGAUCCACAUUCUUGUACAAAUGGCAGCCGUCCAUCCCACCAAAUCAACCCCACACUCACCACCCCAGGAAUCCUGGGUGCCAAACACUGCCUGGAUGAUUCGGCAAGUAACAAUUUUGGGGUUCAGCAAGACUAGCCUCCACCAUCUUUAUCUGAUCCAAGUGAUUGAUAUUAACAAGGAAAUCCACCUAAUGGAAAAAUCAUUUGAUCAGUUGUCCAAACUUCACAGCCAACUUAAGAAGCAGAUUCCAACAGUAACUCUCCCUCAUUUUCCACACUGGUGGCACUUACCCUUCACAAGAGAUUCCGAGACCUGA